AUGUAUUUUCAAGGGUAUGAAUUACAAGUCCUAAUCAGUGAUAUCAUGUUAAAAGAAUACCUUGGUCCAAGAAAAAAUGUACCGUAUCGAUAUACAAGCCCUAAUUGGGUCGAUAAUUGUCAAACUGGAAUAAGAAUGGAAAGCGAAUUUCUACAUUAUAUCUUAAUUCCUUCCUCAUCAACUCCGUUCGCAAUACAAGUUUCAUCAUCAAAAGCAACAUUUUUGAAACCCAUAGUUGCAGAAAUUCGAAUUGAUGGAAUUCCUAUACAGGAAACCGCAUCCACCACUUCUGCCGGUUCUUCUUUAAAUCCGAAAGGAUUAAAUUUAGUUGGAUCAGGAAAAAAGCAACAAAUCUGUGUAUUAGAUAAAAAUGAAGAUAAAGAACAACAAUUAAUUGGUGCCAUUUCAGUAUUUUUUUAUAAAGCUGAAUCGCUUUUACAAAGGAAAUCUGAAAUACCACUUGCAAUUUUACAUUUACAUUAUCGAUCUAAAGAUAUCAUAUCUGAUUUAAUUCAAAAUAGAUUUUUGAAAGAAGAUAUUGAAGGUUUUAAUGACGAGGAGAAAGAAAAAAAGGAUUUACCAAUUGAACAAGAACAAGUAAAAAAGAUUUAUAAUAGCGCUUAUGGAGAGGAACCUUUAAGACAAUUUCAAAAUGAAAUGACCGAACAAGUAAGUUAUGAUUAUGAUGUAGGGCUUGAAAAAGAAUAUCAAAGAGAUGUUUGGGAUCAGCCAAGAAACAUGGAGAUUAUAGAGAUCCUUGACGAUUAA